AUGCCGUCAUCAUGGAGCGCCCUGAGAUCUCUGGUCUCUCGAGAUAGUUCGGCCGAAGAAUUGUUGAGUCUGCUCAACGAUCCCUUCAAGCAAGAGCUUGGCGAUGGUGCCAUCUGGUCUGCCUUGGGUUCGUCAGUCGGCAUCACGUUUGGAAUGGCCAUUCUUUUCUCCUUCGUACGCCCUUACAACACCGUCGUAUACGCGCCCAAAUUGAAACACUCCGACGAGAAACAUGCCCCUCCACCGAUCGGCAAAGGCAUUUUCGCCUGGGUAAAACCGUUAUGGUCAACAAAUGAGAAGGAUGUCAUCGCCCAUGCUGGUUUGGAUGCUGCCGUCUUCCUUCGUUUCACGAGAAUGUGCCGCAACAUAUUCCUCGUUUUGGCCGUCCUUGGUUGCGCCAUUAUUAUACCAGUCAAUUGGACCAAGAAUUCCGGCAAGUCUGAGCAGAAAUGGUUCAAGCGGAUCACACCGCUUGAAGUAUGGGGAUCAAAUAACUGGGUACAAGUCGUCUUUGCAUAUCUUGCCGUUUUCGUCAUCUGCGGUUUCUUGUGGUGGAACUACAAAAAGGUGGUUGUCCUGCGUCGCGGCUAUUUUGACAGCGAGGAAUAUCAGUACAGCCUGCACGCCCGAACUCUAAUGCUCAACGAUAUCCCUAAAAACCUGGCAUCUGAUGAGGGAAUCGCAAGAAUGAUUGACGAAAUCAUUCCCCAAUCGUCAUUCGCCAGAACUGCCAUCGCCCGCAAUGUCAAGGUACUUCCCGAACUUAUUGCGCAGCAUGAUCGCACUGUGAGGAAACUUGAAGUGGUUUUGGCGAAAUACCUCAAGGAUCCUCAUAAUCUCCCAGCGGCGCGUCCACUAUGCAAACCGUCCAAAAAGGAUCCCUCCUUUAGCACCUAUCCCAAGGGUCAAAAGGUCGAUGCGAUUGAGUACCUUACACAACGCAUCAGAGACCUUGAAGUUGAAAUCAAGGAGGUGCGAAGCACUUUGGACAAACGAAACACCCUGCCUUAUGGAUUCGCCAGUUACGACGAUAUUGCGGAAGCCCAUUGUAUUGCUCAUGCUCUGCGCAAGAGAAAGCCAAAGGGCACAUCUGUUGCUCUCGCUCCAAGGCCCAACGACAUCAUCUGGGACAACAUGCCCAUGAGCCCAUCUGCCAGGAGUUGGAACAGGAUUUGGAAUAAUAUUUGGGUUGCUGUUCUCACCAUCAUCUGGAUUGUCCCGAACGCCAUGAUUGCCAUUUUUCUGGUCAACUUGAACAACCUUGGCCUCGUCUGGAAAGAUUUCCAGACGACUUUGGCUGCUGACACUACAUUUUGGUCUAUUGUUCAGGGUAUCUUGUCGCCAGCCGUCACAUCGUUGGUCUUUCUCGUACUUCCCAUCAUCUUUCGACGACUUUCUAUUCGAGCUGGAGACAGAACCAAGACCGGUCGCGAGAGGCACGUGCUGGCCAAACUUUACUCAUUCUUCGUGUUUAACAACUUGGUCGUCUUCUCCAUUUUCAGUACUAUUUGGUCUUUUGUUACCGCCGUCAUUGCUGAUACGCAGAAGGAUCCAGACGUGUGGAAGGCAAUAUUGAAAGUAGAUCCCGCAACGACUCUCUUCAUCGCCUUGUGCAAUAUUUCUCCUUUCUGGGUGACUUACCUGCUGCAGCGUCAACUAGGUGUUGCCACCGAUCUGGCGCAACUGUGGAAGCUGACUUGGAGUUUCUUCCAACGCAAAAUGGGCAGCCCAACUCCGAGAGAGCUCAUUGAGCUCACAGCGCCCCCGCCGUUCGAAUAUGCCAUGUACUACAACUACUUCCUCUACUACUCGACAAUUGCGCUCUGUUAUGGUGGUCUGCAACCAUUGGUGCUACCUGCGGCUGCUUUGUACUUUGCCGUCGACGUCUGUCUAAGGAAAUACCUCUUGCUCUACAUCUUCGUCACGAAAACAGAGUCUGGCGGCAUGUUUUGGCGAGUCCUCUUCAAUCGGUUCAUCUUCGCGACGGUUCUCUCGACACUUGUCGUCUUCCUUACUUGUUGGGUCCGCGGUGAGGGCACUCAUACCCAGGCCUUUGCCGUGAUCCCUCUGCCAUUCUUGGUAAUUGCGUUCAAGAUUUAUUGUUCAAGGGCAUUUGAUAAUAAGAUUCAUUAUUAUGCCACUCGCAACGUAGUACGGAACCCCGAGCAUGGAAACCCCAAGGAUCCUCUUCGAUCGGAUCGCCUUGCAACUCGAUUUGGCCACCCGGCCUUGUACAAGCCGCUCAUCACCCCGAUGGUGCACUCCAAGGCUCAAAAUGUCCUUCCGUCCAUCUACAGAGGUCGCAUCUCGGAUGGUAGAGAGGCCUACUCUGGAGACACCAUGUCGACCUCGGGAUACAGUGACGCAUAUAUUCUUAAUCCAAUGGACAAAUCGGGCAAGGCCGCCAAGUCGUCCAUGCCCGGCUUUGAGCUUGUCCCUGAAGGGAGGUUGGAUUUUGAGUACUACAAAAACAGACCGGAAUUUGCAUCCGAGCACGGCGGUGGGGAGAUUUAUGGUCGCCAUGCCGACUUGAUUCGUCCCGGGACGCCAGGAAGCAUGUGGAAUGAUAGCGAACCACCUUCGAGACCUGGCAGCCCCGGUCUUCCUCCCGUGCCAAGGACCGCUAGUCCCGGACCUGGCCGCACAUACUCACCUCUGGCUGGCAACGCCAGCCCCAAGGCGACUCUGCCCGAACCGGGCCGCUCAAGGAGUCCGUUGUACGCAAUGGACGACGAGAGUGGAUUGAACCUGGUGAACAAUGCAGCGGCGAUGCCCAUGACUACCCCUCACCGGGAACCCAGCAUGGAACAUCCUGCUCUGCGAGCUCCCGGAGGCGCAGGCAUGUUGGGUGGUGGUCCCCGAGGAUAUGGCAACCUGCCUCAAGAGGAGGAUAUGACUCCUGAACAUGAUCCAAUGGCAUACGACUACUUUCGUAGUACCAGAACGAGAAGAUCAUAA